CCUUCCUCCCCCCGCCCCCGCCCCCACCCCCACCCCCGCCGAUUCGAUUCGAUUCGAUUCAAGCCGCCCCGCGCAAGAUGAUGCCGGGGUCAGCCCCGCCGGCAGCCGGGAGCGGCAUGUUCGUGCCGACGCAGACGGCGGGCACGGUGCUCUGCUGCAUCUGCGGCGUCUCCAUGCAGCCCAACCCGGCCAACAUGUGCGCCCGCUGCCUCCGGGCGCGCGUCGACAUCACCGAGGGCGUCCCGCGCAACGCCGCCGUCGUCUACUGCCCCGACUGCUUCUCCUACCUCCAGCCGCCGCGCUCCUGGCUCCGCGCCGGCCCGGAGUCCCCCGAGCUCCUGCAGAUCCUCCUCCGCCGCCUCAAGCACCCGCUCGCCCGCCUCAAGGUCUCGCUCUCCGGCGCCGAGUUCGUCUUCUCCGAGCCCCACUCCAAGCGCCUCCGCCUCAAGCUCCGCCUCCGCCGCGAGGUCCUCAACGGCAUCGUCCUCGAGCAGACCCACUCCGUCGAGUUCGUCGUCCACGACCGCCUCUGCGACUCCUGCGCCCGCGCCCAGGCCAACCCUGACCAGUGGGUCGCCGUCGUCCAGCUCCGCCAGCACGUCCCGCACCGCCGCACCUUCCUCUACCUCGAGCAGCUCCUCAUCAAGCAUGGCCAGGCCGCACUCGCCAUCCGCGUCGCCUCGGCUCCCGGCGGCCUCGACUUCUUCUUCGGCUCGCGCUCGCACGCUGCCCGCCUCGUCGACUUCCUUGGUACAGUCGCUCCCAUCCAGACCAACACAGCCAAGCAGCUCGUCUCUCAUGACACAAAGAGUUUUAUCUAUAACUACAAGUACACUUUCUCGGUCGAGAUCUGCCCCAUAUGCCGUGAGGACCUGAUUGCCCUCAGCCCCAAGGCGUCCCGUGAUCUUGGUGGACUAGGCCCGCUCGUCCUCUGCACCAAGGUCACCAAUGCCAUUGCGCUGCUUGACCCGCUCACUCUGCGUGUGCACCAUCUGGAGGAGAAGAAGUACAGGGUGUACAACUUCAAGGCCGCUCUGACUAGCAAGCAGCUCGUGCAGUACAUGGUGCUUGAUAUUGAGCCAGAGUCACCUGAGAUCACCAUCGAUGGAUCUCGGUACCAGCUGGCAUAUGCGCAGGUCGCCCGCAUGUCUGAUUUUGGGAAAAAUGAUACUGUGUUUACAGUACGAACUCAUCUUGGGCACCGUCUGAGCCCUGGGGAUCUUGCCCUUGGGUAUGAUCUCUAUGGCGCCAAUAUGAAUGAUGAUGAUAUGGACAAGGCUUUAUUACGCCAGAAUUUGCCUGAAGUCAUUCUGGUCAAGAAGAGCUAUGAGAAGAGGCGACGCACACGCAGAUGGAAGCUGAAGAGGCUGCCUGUUGAGGAAGACCUUGGGAACAAGGCCAAAGGUGAGGAAGAGCGGAGGGAAGAUGAGUAUACAAAUUUCCUUGAUGAGUUGGAGCGUGAUCCAGAAAUAAGGUUUACGAUAAAUCUGUACAAGAACGACGACUACAGGUCAGAAAUGGCAUCCACGAUUGGUGACGAUGUCCCUACUGUGCCAAUUGAGGAGUUGAUUGAGGACCUAACCCUUGGUGAUGAUGAGGAGGAAGACGGUGCAGAUGCUGGUAUGGUGGAAUGAGCGAGCAUGUCUACCUACACCAUUGGUCAUGACUGUUCAUGCCCACUGCAGGUCAUAGGUCUGACUGCAUCUGUUUAAUUCAUAUAAGUUUUGUUUUUCUUUACUGCUAUAAGCUAUGAAUGUCGGAGGUGUUGCUUAAAAGGUCUAAAUUUUGGAUUUCUCUGUUUGUUGAUGUCGACAUUGUUUAAAACCAUAUCUCGUAUCUUGGUGUAACAAUAAUGUCUCAAGUUAAAUACAUUUCCUAUCAUGUCAUAUGUUUGUGGAAUGGUUUUCAGUUGUCA